UGGAAGCUAUAUUUUCGUCACGGUCGUUUCCUAUUUUUUCGGAAUUCAAGUUAUUUUUUUCGCUAGGUCUGUACCAAGUACUAUCAUGUCUCGUAUGACAACUGUCUCUAAACAAAAUGCACAGACUUGGGCAAAUCUACUUUCUAGAUUAAUGUCGUCUCCCUUUGACUAUUCUCAUCUGUUUCCAGAGCGUGUUCGGAACUUUUUUAAAGAUCACGCACUCGCGAUCAGUACUUGCGAAGGUUAUUUAGUGGACAGUGUUCUGGCAACUUCAGCAUAUCUCAUCUCUGAGAAGUCAUCCAUCGAAUACAAUGGAAUGUCUACAAAGGCCAACAUCUACUUGCUCUUCGUAGGACCCCCCUCAACUGGAAAGUCGCAAGCCAUACAAGUUAGAACAACGGAUCCUCUUCAUGCAAUAGAUACGGCACGAGACAACGCUAUAUCUCUUUCCAUUGGGAAGUCAACUUCCGCCGGACUGUUUUCGAGACUUGCUGAACAUGCUGAAGGAGAUGGGAUGAUGGUAUCUAGCGAGAUACAUGAUAUUCUUCUCAAAAUGGCCAAGAAUGAUGGAGAAAACGCAAGUGGGGACGUUGCAACUUUGUGCCAUUUGUUUAGUGGCGAGAAAGUGUCGACGACGUACGCUACCCAAAACAAGAAGGAAAUAGAGUCUGGGCGUGCUUUCUCCAUUUUAGGUGCCACCCAACCCGGACCAGCCGCACAUCUCCUCACAGCUCUUGACACUGGAAACGGGAUGAUUGAGCGACUACUGAUUCAUUUCCCAGACUGCUUGCGGCCCUUCCCCAAGGAUACAAGACAAGCACGCCGGCGUCUACUGGAGUCAGGGUCGCCAAGUAUCACACAUGUCCUACAGGUGGUUGAAAAUCUUCACGAAAAGGGAGUAAAAUAUUCCUUUUCAGAAGAUUGCGAGGAGGAACUAGACAAACAAAAUGAACUGUACAUCGAGGCGAUUAACCAAGCCAUAGUCGACGGAAUUUCUCCACCUCAGACGAAAAAGAUUGAUCUUCUAAUUCGACUUGCGGCACCCAUUCACGUCCUCAACUCUGUUGUAGAAGACCUGCUGAUGGGACGUCAACCAGAUGCACCAAACCAACUAAUUGGACUGGAGAGUCUAGUGGCAGCCCAAAAGCUGUUGGAACAUGUGGAAGGACAGAAAGAGACUUUCUUAACCGAACUUCGAGAUAUGACAACCCAAGUGACCACUCCAGUGAAGGAUCAACCAACACCAAUCACUGUGGCCGCUGCCGUCGUCAGGACUCCGGGAAGUGUGUUGACGUACCGGUCUUUCAAGUCAACUUGCGUGAAGUCGAUGAGGAGCGUAAGCAGUGUGGAGUUUUCUAGGGCUCUCAAUGAUCUGAAAGAUGUUGGAGAGGCGUCUUCCAUCCGCAGUGGAGCUAACAGCAGGACCUCAGUUGUGUUUGUGAAAAAGGACCCCGAUAUGAUCGACUGGGACUCCUUCGGUAUUGUUAGUCGAGAGAUAUACACCGCAGCCUACCUAAAGAAUGUGCCUAGCUGUGUCUCAAAGAACAUGAGGAAUGCACUUAUCCAAAGCGGAAAAUGUAAUGACAUGAUUUUGAGCGAGUAA